CUGAGAUUGGGAAGAGUGUGCUGCCGUCUGUCAGUACGUCGAGAAGGAACAACUGAAGAAAGCGGCAAAGGAGCGGAAGAAACAAGAGAGGAAGGAAGCUGAAGAGCGUGAGGCGAGAGAACUUCGAGAGAUGGAGUUGAGGAAGCAAAGGAAGAAGGAAAAAGCACGUAAGGAAGCUGAACGUAUCGAGGAAAUCAACAAGAAUCUGGAUCUCAAGGUUGCGGUGAGGGUUGGGGAACUACGGGAUGAUGUACGGGAAGACGUACGAUUGGAGAUUAGGGGGGCUAUCAAUGAGUUGUGCAAGGCAGCAGCGAAGGGUAAGCAGAAGGUUACUCAGCCGACAUCACCGAGUACUCGCAGUAGCGGGAGCGGCAGUGAGAUGGAAAAACUCAGUAAGCGGACAAAAAAUUUGUGUAUCAAUGAGAAAAGAAAGCGUGCGGAGGAACCAAUUUUUGAAGACAGUCCCCCUAUGGAAUUACCACCUAAACGAACACCUAGGAGGGCGGGUAAGCCUACAAAUCUGACAUCACGGAUGACGAGAUCCAAGGCGCACAAGAACAACGUGACAACACCAAGAAAGACUCCAACGUCGAUCCGAAAGAAGAAGAUACCAGGAUCAAUCGGGAUGAUUGGUCGCCUGAAGUUCGAGAAGCAGGUUAUGCAGGAACUAAAGAACAUGGACGCGCUGGUCCUGCAGAACGUGUGCAGCGAAAAAGGUAUUCCAUACAACGGAAAGUUUGAGGCAAUUUUCGAUAUUGUCGUGCACCGCACGAGAAAAGCUUAUGGAACGGAUGAGGAGGAGAGCGUUGAGACUACCGAUGAUGUUCUGAAGGACGACGCUGUUGAAGGCGAGGUUGCGCCGACCACUGAGUAAUGGAGUUACAGCAUAGCUGAUCUGUGGAGGAUUGUUAGCUGCCUUAUCCAAUGGAGAAAGGUAAGCCAGUGCGUGGAUCCGGUGAUCGAGGAAAUUCUGCGAUUAGUUGUGGUUCGACUAUCAUCUCCGGGGAACUACGUUGGACUAAUAAAUGUGUUGGUGCUUG